AUGGGGGCAGGCGCAAGCACUCCCUCUGCCUCGACAGAGCCACCAGCCACAUGCCCUGUUGAUCAUAAGACACGUGAAAUUUGGCUCCAACAAAAUGGAGGCCAAGCACCUCAUCCUCCCUCCGGGCCGGCACUAGAACCAGGACAAACGUCAACAAAACUACAACGCCCACUAUCUACAGAUCGAGAGGUUAGCAGUAUACCUCGAGCUGGUGAUCCAGAUAUAGCAAAAUCCUGUCCGGAAGCGAAUAAACAACCACCGUCGCCCUAUGCAGCUUCCGCAUCUGCCGCUUCCCAUGGCUGCCCAUCCAAUGCGGAAUCUGAGACUGGCCAUGAUGAGGCCUCCGGCAACUGGAUUUAUCCGUCCGAAAAACAAUUUUUUGAAGCGCUGAUGCGCAAGGGAAACACUCCAGAGUCAGCCGCAAAUGCAACCGAGCUAGCGACAUCGGUUGCGUCUAUCAUUCCCAUCCACAACGCCGUCAACGAGCGCGCAUGGCAGCAGAUUCUUGACUGGGAAAAGAAGGCCCCUGCAACCGAUCCCGGGAGCAAGAAGUGUGGCGGACCGAAAUUAUACUCAUUCCGCGGACUCGGAGUCGACCCGCAAUUCUUGAGCCCGCGUGCACGCGUCAAUGGAUGGCUUGGAUACCAACUUCCAUUUGAUCGACACGAUUGGGUCGUCGAGCGCUGCGGUGGCGAGCGAAUCGAAUAUGUUAUAGAUUUCUACCAAGGGAGAUCAUCUGGAGGUAAUGGAUCGGGUUUGACUAGCAACACGGGCCCUGGAAAGCUGAGCUUUUACUUGGACGUUCGGCCAAAGCUCAACACAUAUGAGGGGUGGAAGAUGAGGAUGACCAAAUUUAUGGGGCUGUGA